CACCGAGCCAGCUCAGCCAGGCAGGGCCGGGAGGGAGUGGGACAGAUUCUGGGAGUGCAGCGGGGAGGAGUCCUGGCUGGGCUGAACGGGGGAGCUGUUGGCAGUGCCAGAGCCCAGGCCCCAGAACCCUGCAGGAGUGGAGGUGGAUCGAGCAGGCAGGCCCCGGAGGAGCUGAGGCAGCGCCAUGGCCGACUGCUACACGGACCUAGAGAAGGCGGUGGUGGUGCUGGUGGAGAACUUCUACAAAUACGUGUCUAAGCACAGCCUGGUCAAGAACAAGAUCAGCAAGAGCAGCUUCCGCAAGAUGCUUCAGAAGGAGCUCAACCACAUGCUGACGGACACCGGGAACCGAAAGGCUGCCGACAAGCUCAUCCAGAACCUGGACGCCAACCACGAUGGACGCAUCAGCUUUGACGAGUACUGGACCUUGAUAGGUGGCAUCACCGGCCCCAUCGCCAACCUGAUCCGGCAGCAGGAGCAGCAGAGUAGCAGCUAAAGGCCCCGCCACCGCCCUCCAGGCCCCCCCGAGCCCAGCCCUGUUCUCUUCCCAGGCUCCCUCCUUGACCCCUCUGCCGCUCCUAGCUUCUCCCUCAGACCUUCUCCUUACCCUCGCUCAACAGGGGAAGGGGAGAUGCCAGGGCCCCUUUGUGAAUAUCUCAGUGUGGGGGUGCUACCAUGAGGGUCUCAGUCCCUGGAGCCAGCAGGCCCUAGGGGCCCCCCUAUGAGAUCUGAAUGCUGUUUGGGGACCCCGGGAGUUUCCUCACCUGUUCCGUCUGUUUACCCCUCCAAUGCCUGAUGUCUGUGUCUGACUCCUGCCUGAUGCUGGGUCCUGACCUCCAGAGGUCGGCUUGCUGCUGAGGUCUCCCUGCUCCUGGUGUCAGCAGUGGCAGAGACCUCUCCCUCCUCCAUAGCCCUCAGCUGGGUCGAGAAGCAUGUCUAGGGACCCCCCCACCCCCACCCCAGCUGCCUCUGUGUCUGGGAUGAGCUAAGCAGGGCUGAGCCUUCGCCCUCGGCGUAGCCACUAAAAUGAUGGUAAUAAAGGCUGGAUUUGGAGUUUGUA